AUGAAGAGGAAAGCUACCAGCGAUAGUAAUUACCAAAGGAUUAAUCCAACAAGAGUAACAGAAAACCAACCUACCGCAAUAGGCUCAAGAAAUAGGAACGUAAAUAUAUCAUGUGAGCCAAUCGUAGUAGAUUAUAACCAUAGCCCACAAGGUUUUGAUGCUCAUCUAUUCCGGAAUGAAAUGGAUAUGGACACGCAUAGGUUAGCACCAGAUGAAUUUGAAGGCGUAAGCUCGAAACAAAAUGUGUCAAACAUCAACAAUGACCAAGAUGCUGAAUUUGAAAAUGACGAACUCCUAGUAAAGGAAGAAAAUUACCGAGUACUUUGGAGAACUGUUAAUCCAUAUUAUUAUAAACAAGAUUUGAUAGAAGUGCAGAAUUACAGUGGAUGUAUAUGCAAAUGUACAACUAAUAAGAAAGGCCUACUACACUAUAAAUAUGUAGGAGAACAGAGUGAUCAUCCAACAGUUAUACGGAAAAACAACAACGAAUAUGUAUUUGAAGGCUUUUCUAUAUUAUCUCAUUAUCCUCUCGAGAAUAUACCGGCGUAUACCUUACAAGAUCUCGAAUUAUUUCAAGAAUUUUUGUUCGAUCAUCUAUUAGAGCUACCGGAUUGGAGCUUAAAAGAUCCAAACGGUGAUGGAAGAUUAUUUUAUUUUAUACCUCUAUUCGUCAGAAAAAGCCAUGAGAAAAGCGUAGAGACGUUAUCUGUAGCUGAAGUAUUGGAGUAUAUUUUAAACUUUUCUCAACCUCUGUUUGAUAAACCGUCUACUAUUCGUGUUGAUGAUAUUGAUUGGAGUAAAGUCUGCUACGAGUCUAGGAGUCUUGCUAAAAAGUGGAAAGCAGGUCAGCGAACUGAUGCGAAAAGCUGA